AGUUGGCAGUUGGCUCAAGUCCUAGUUAAACGCAGUUGGCUUUACUGGCCUUUCAGAGUGGAGUCAUGGCUGAAGCACCUCGUACCGUCGCCGAGGGUACCAAGCGAGUGAAGAAAGGUUUGCCAACCAUGCUGAAAGGAGGUGUCAUCAUGGAUGUGAUGAACAAAGAGCAAGCGAAGAUUGCCGAAGAGGCAGGAGCUUGCGCAGUGAUGGCCCUGGAACGUAUCCCAGCCGACAUCCGUCAGAGCAAGGGUGUUGCAAGAAUGUCUGAUCCCAAGAUGAUCAAGGAGAUUGUGAACUCUGUCUCCAUUCCAGUCAUGGCCAAGUGUCGCAUUGGACACUUCGUGGAGUCUCAGGUUCUGCAGCAGAUCGGUGUAGACUGCAUCGAUGAGAGUGAGGUGCUCACAGUUGCAGAUGAGGGAAAUCAUGUCAAUAAGACAAAGUUCAAGGUUCCCUUCGUGUGCGGAUGCCGCAACCUUGGUGAGGCAUUGCGACGUAUUGCUGAAGGUGCGAGCAUGAUCCGCACGAAGGGUGAGGCCGGAACUGGUGAUGUUGUGGAGGCUGUUCGACACAUCCGCACCCUCCACAAGGAGCGAGGUUUGAAAGGCACUCAUUAUGCUGAGCUAAAUUGUGUUUUGCGUUUUGGGGUUGGAUGUCGGGAAAUUUGCAAAACCUACAUAUAG